AUGGGUGGUGGUGGGAAUCUCGUCGACGGUGUUCGUCGAUGGCUUUUUCAGCGACCUUCUUCUUCCACUAAUCACGAACCCAUUCUCAAUUCUUCUCCUUUUUAUUCUAACCCUGAUCAGUUUCCUAACGCUCGAGAUUCGAACGAGCUUAUUAUUAUUGAAGAUCUCGAUUUUUCUGGUUUAACACAUUUAAAGGUUCCUAAACGAAAUCACUUACCUAUGGAUCCUCACAAAAAGGGUGUGCAGGAAACUGAAUUCUUCACGGAGUAUGGAGAAGCAAACAGGUAUCAGAUUCAAGAAGUCGUUGGUAAAGGAAGCUAUGGUGUUGUGGCUUCUGCUGUAGACAGUCACACUGGAGAAAGAGUCGCGAUCAAGAAGAUAAACGAUGUGUUUGAACAUGUCUCUGAUGCAACAAGGAUUCUCAGAGAGAUCAAAUUGCUUCGGUUGCUUCGUCAUCCAGAUGUCGUGGAGAUUAAGCACAUCAUGUUACCUCCUUCUCGAAGAGAAUUCCGAGAUAUUUAUGUUGUGUUCGAGUUGAUGGAAUCUGAUCUUCAUCAAGUGAUCAAGGCCAACGAUGAUUUAACUCCUGAGCAUUAUCAGUUUUUCUUGUACCAGCUUCUCCGUGGUCUGAAAUAUGUUCACGCAGCUAAUGUGUUUCAUCGGGAUUUGAAACCAAAGAACAUUCUAGCUAAUGCUGAUUGCAAAUUGAAGAUCUGUGAUUUUGGGCUGGCUCGUGUUUCUUUUAACGAUGCCCCAACCGCUAUAUUUUGGACUGAUUAUGUAGCUACUAGGUGGUAUCGCGCCCCUGAACUCUGUGGAUCGUUUUUCUCCAAAUAUACCCCCGCGAUUGAUAUCUGGAGUGUCGGUUGCAUUUUUGCGGAAAUGCUUUUGGGUAAGCCUUUGUUUCCCGGGAAAAACGUGGUGCAUCAGUUGGAUCUUAUGACUGACUUUCUUGGCACUCCACCGCCUGAGUCGAUAGCAAGGAUUAGAAAUGAAAAGGCGAGGAGAUAUCUUAGCAGCAUGAGGAAAAAACAGCCAGUCCCUUUCUCUCAUAAAUUCCCUAAAGCUGAUCCUUUGGCUCUCCGCCUUCUGGAACGCUUGCUUGCCUUUGAUCCCAAAGAUCGUGCAUCAGCCGAGGACGCACUGUCUGACCCGUACUUCAGUGGUCUGUCAAAUUCAGAGCGCGAACCAUCGACGCAGCCAAUUUCAAAGCUUGAAUUUGAUUUUGAGAGAAAGAAGUUAACAAAAGAUGAUGUUAGAGAAUUAAUUUAUCGAGAGAUAUUGGAAUACCAUCCUCAGAUGUUGGAGGAAUACCUUCGUGGCGGUGAUCAGCUUAGCUUCAUGUACCCCAGUGGGGUUGAUCGAUUUAAGAGGCAAUUUGCUCAUCUUGAAGAAAACCAAGGUCAACCAGGAGGAGCAACAGGAGGAAGAAGUACUGCACUUCACAGACAUCAUGCUUCCUUGCCAAGAGAGAGAGUUCCUGCUCCGAAUGGUGAAACUGCAGAAGAAAGCAGUGAUGUUGAGAGAAGAGCAGCAGCUGCUGUUGCUUCAACCCUGGAAUCUGAGGAAGCAGACAAUGGAGGAGGUUACAGUGCUCGUAACCUCAUGAAGAGCGCAAGCAUCAGCGGUUCUAAAUGCAUCGGUGUCCAAUCUAAAACCGACAAAGAGGACACUAUUGCUGAGGAAGAAGAUGAUGAGACACUUGCAGAGCUUACUGAUAGAGUUGCUUCUCUUCAUAAUUCCUAA